AUGGAGGUGCCAGAACUCAGUCGCCCUGCCUCGCCUGCCAGGGACCAGCCAGCUCCUGCUCCUGGACAGCCAGGAGCCCCAGGUGGGCAGGUCUCACCUCACCUGACCCUGGGUCCUGUCAUUCUGCCACCGGAGCAGGGUCUGGCCCCUACCGUGUUCCUGAAGGCCCUGCCCAUUCCAUUGUACCACACAGUGCCUCCAGGGGGCCUCCAGCCACGUGCCCCUCUAGUGACACGCAGCCUGGAUGGGGGCAGUGUACCCUUUAUUCUCAGCCCCCUGCUGCGGCCUGAAGGACCAGGCCCUACUCAGGUGGGGAAGCCAGCAGCCCCGGCACUCACCGUGAACAUCGUGGGCACUCUGCCUGUCCUGUCACCAGGCGUGGGGCCCACGCUGGGUAGCCCUGGCAAGGUACGGAAUGCCGGCAAGUACCUUUGUCCACACUGUGGUCGGGAUUGCCUGAAGCCCAGUGUUUUGGAGAAGCAUAUCCGGUCCCACACUGGUGAGAGGCCCUUCCCGUGUGCCACCUGCGGCAUUGCCUUUAAGACCCAGAGCAACCUGUAUAAGCACAGACGCACCCAGACCCACCUCAACCACUCUCGGCUGUCCUCAGAGUCCGAUGGAGGUGGGGGCAGCCUCCUGGAGGAGGGGGAGAAGGCUGGAGAGAGCUCCAGAGCAGAUGCCAUGGGGGACAGCUGCAGCCAGAGGGUGGGUGGUGGGGCCCGACCAGAGAGACCCCUUUGUCCAGGCGCCCAAGGUGCUGGGCAGUGCUCAGUGUCUGCCAUGCGUCUACCUUCUGUUACCAAGACCUUGGGUCUGAAGUUGGAAGCCGUUCCCUGUCCAGGAUCCACAUUUGCUGACAGAGAGACCCCCAUGGAUGCUGCUGCCCAUCCAGCCUCCCCUGGGCUUGCCCUGGCUGGCUGCCAGCCAAGGUUUAAGCCACCGGAGCAGACAUCCCCGACUGCCAGCCGACUGUGCUCCCUGAAACAGCAGCAGAUGGCGACAUCCUCAGAGAAGCCCUGGGACGCCAAAGCCUCAGAGGGCCGGCUGCGGAAGUGUGAGAGCACUGACUCGGGCUACCUGUCCCGCUCGGACAGCGCAGAGCAGCCGCCGGCCCCUGGCAGCCCUCUGGAGCACAACACCGUGUCUGAGGGGGAGGUGGCCCUGGGGCCCGGGGGACCCGGCCUGCAGUUGGAGAAGAAGCAGUUGGAGGAGCGUAUCGCCUGGCUCAUCUCCCACAACCAGGCUGUGGUGGAUGAUUCCCAACUGGACAAUGUGCGACCCCGCAAGACGGUCCUGUGCAAGCAAGGUAGCAUCGACCUGCCCAUGCCCUACACCUAUAAGGACUCCUUCCACUUUGACAUUCGGGCGCUGCAGCCUAGCCGGAGGAGGCCUGCCACUGUCAGCUCGGCCCGGUCCACUUUUAUCCCUCCGGACAGGGCAAGGCCGCUCUUCUUUCACUCUGUCCCCACUCAGCUCUCCACUACCGUGGCGUGCGUGCCUAUCACCAGGAGCAACUCACUGCCCUUUGUCGAGGGCACCAGGACCUGGCAGGAACCGUUGGACCCCAGGGACGCCUGCCCCAGGAGGCAGAAACCUCUGAGCCCCAAGCCUGCCCCCACCCGACUGGUGGAUGUCCUCAGCGGUCCCCCUCGGGCCUUGGUCAGACAAACUGCUGUGGAGGACCUUCUCUUUCCCCCCACUGGAGACAGCCUGGUCCCCGCAGAAGACCCAGAUGGAAACAAAGCUGCUGCUGGGGAGGGGGCAGCCAGCAAGGGCAGAGCAGCCAAUAAGAAAUGCAGCCAGAGGAAGCUGAAGAUGUUCUCCCAGGAUAAGUGGCAGGUGUAUGGGAAUGAGACAUUCAAGAGAAUCUACCAGAAAAUGAAAACCAGCUGCCACGGAGGCAAGAAGACGAAGGAGGUGACAGUGGGUAGUAGGACAGAGCUGGACUUUCCUCUCCAGGAAGAGCUACCAGGGAAUGAGGGCAUAGUCUCAUCCCAGGACAGGAGAUACCCUAUCCAUGGGGAUGCACCUGUGGGGGCCAAACCAGGACCUUGCAGAAGUUCACUGGCCCCGGAGGGCUUCUUGGUGAUAGAGCCCCCCAAGCAGAGGGAGAUGGUCACCAGAGCAGGAGUCAGUGACCAGCCUGGGGUGAACAGGGCCACCUCACCCCCCACCUUCAACUGCAGAGAACCCCCCUGUUUGGGCAGCAAAAGCCCUUUGCUUUCUCCAGAUGAAAGGCUGGGGCUGGGGUGUCAGCUGCCCCCAGCACCCGGUCCCCUCAAGGGAGGUGACCUAGAGGCUCCCACACCAGUUUUGCCAGACCCUGAGCUGGAAGGAGGCACCUGUGAUGGUGGGGGAAAGGAGACCUGUCCGUGGACCCACACUGUGCCAAGGCGGCCCAGCGGUAGCUCUGGGGAGCCCCAGGCCUCAGAAAACAAGCUCCCCUCAGAGAGGAAGAAGCUGAAAGUGGAGAAGCUGAGCUGCCAGGAGCAAUCAGAGCCUCCAGGAACAGAAACGAUGGCCCCAGGUGGCCCUUUGCAGGCCACCUCUCUGCCAUCUCAGAACCAGGACAGUGACUCUGGGGAUAAGCCAGGGGGGCUACGUGAGAGCACUGAUAGCGUGGCGAGGGGCAGAGCUGGGCAGCCGUGCAAGCCCUUGGAGGUUUGCGGUGCUUCUGCUGCUCCUUCUGUGGCCCCGAGGCAGCUGGCCAGAGCUGGCCUCGUGUACCCACUCAGACACCGGGUGGAGCUUCAGGGCCCACAGCCCUUUCCCAUCAUUGAGGGCUGA